UGUUACUGUUCUUCAGACCAAACUUUCACCCGCGGGUGCUUUACAACGUUUUAAAAAGCUGCCGCUCUUUGACGGACCAUUCGAACCAUGAAUGUCGAGACUCUUGUACAAAUAUGGAGAGGUUUUUAGGUUUGUAGGUUUCGAAUGUGCGACUUCGAAUUUGCGGUCAUAAUUCCUGGAGUCGUCAGAAAAGCCCCUGUGUGGGAGAAGAACCGCCAACAUCCACCUCUGACGCAAAUGAACUACCUUGGAAAAGUACUGCGUCCAUGAAGUAUCUUCACCCUGUAUAAAGUUUCAUUCAGACAAUUGACGGUACAUGUUUUGAUCAGGUUUGUUGUGUGGUGCGUUAUGCGCCUAUCACAUGAAGAAUAUACCACAAUACGUCCUUUUUUCUUUAGAAAUAAUGCCCUUGAAUUAGCAUAUGAAUCAGUUAUUUUAAACACAAGUCUGAAAUUAUCUUAUACUUGUUGAGAUUAUUACUAGUGCAAUGUUUCAGAAAACAUUUAGACCCACCCAAAUCUCUCAUUUAAUCAUGUUUUAUUGGACUUGUAUGUGUCAGAUCUUUGACUUACUAACCUUACCGUUUUCAUGACCUCUGUUAUGACAGAAUGUUUAUGAACCUCAUUUUCUACAACAUGGUGUCUGGAAAACAUUGCCUUCCAUGAGCCUGAAGUUGUUGACGUCAUUCUUCUCUCCGUAUUUCGUGUCUCUCAAAAUAACCAUCUUGGAAGUUUGGUGAUGUCAUAGCAAGGACAGACCUGCUGAGCAUCCACCCACUGUCUCUGAAUGUUCCCAGUGACUGGUCAGCUUGGCGUUUGACGUGUCUUAACCAUGUUUCCCUGCCACUGGGGUUCACAUGCAGUUAAUAGCAGACACUCAUGGAUUUUAUGACUCAAAAUAAUGCAGCCUACUUGGGUCGCCCACAAUAGUCUUAUUUGUAGAUUCCCAAGCAGCCGCCGCAACACUCCCGAGGAGCACGAUGAAACCAUGAGUGCGGCUGAGCAGGAUCCCGACACCGAUGCCCUGAUGGCAAACCCAAACACCCACUCGCUCUCCUCUGGCUUGCCAGAUGGAGAAACCCAACACGACCGAGAGACUCAUCCAUAUGACAUCUCCAGCUUCUCCUCCUACCGACAGUCCUGCAGCCUCUCAGCAGGGUUUCCCCAUCCCACCCCGUUCCCCAGUCACAAUGAAGCGGCCUGGCUCCACGGUAGCAGGGCCAGCAGUGGGUCAGGAUACCCCACGAGUCUGCCCUCCUGCCUGACUAUGAAGGAUUACUCCAGCUGGUCUGAAGACGGUGGUCACUUCCGGUCCCUCCCUGGGAGAGAGUGCAGCCUGGAACAGCCGCUCUCUCUCCACUCCAACCCCCCCACUCGCCACCACUGCCUCUCGCCGUACGCAUGCUCACCACAAGGGGCGCCCUGCUGCGCUCAGUGUCCUCCUGAAGGCUUCAACAGGCUUCCCAAUCCUCACUGGCCUUUCUUCAGCCCGCAUGGGCCCUACUACCCUGCUGGAGCUCCUCAUCCAGGAUUCUCUCAGAGCAGGAGCCAAAAGUCAGCAGCUCAGGAGAAGCCUCCUGCACACAGCGCCUCCUUGUCCUUGGAGCAGAGGCGGGUGUUCGUCACCUACGAGGCCGACAACGACAACCACGUCAAGGAGGUCAUCAACUUUGUUGCUCUGCUGCGUCACAACGGCUUCGACACUCACAUUGACAUUUUCGAGCAGCAGUUCAGGAGCAUCAGCACGAUUGACUUCAUGGAGCGCUUCCUCACCGAGAAAGAGUAUCUCAUCAUCAUCAUCAUCAGCCCCAAAUACUACAACACAGUCACGGCCUUCCCUGCGGGCCUGGAGCACGACCAGCGGACCUGCAACACCGUCUACAUUCACAAACAGCUCCAGUACGAAUUCAUCCAGAAUGGGAGCAAGAAUUUCAGGUUCAUUCCUAUCUUGUUCCCCGGGGCCAGAAAGUGUCAUGUCCCAAACUGGCUCCAGAACACACACGUGUUUGGCUGGCCGCGUGACCGCGAUGACAUCCUGCGGCGGCUGAUGAGAGUGGAGAAGUACAACCCCCCUCCAGUGGGAGAGUUACCCACCAUCGUGUCCAUCCCCAUAUAGAGACUGGACUGAGGCUGACCACACAGUGAAGAUCAAAUUGUUCUGGAGACGUUGUAAAUAUGUUGCAUAAAAACAUUGAAACUGUUCUCGUGUGUUUCCCUUCCUGGAAGGUUUCUGGAAGUAUCUGCCACUGUGGAACUUUGCUUAUUUAUCUCACUUCCUAUUGCUCAGAAAGAAUAAUAGUAACAUUAGACUUUGUUAUGACAAUGACGUUAACGUUAAAAACCAUUUCAUGUGUGUCUCUUCAACUCCACCCUGAUGUUGACUGUGAGGCACGAACAAGCAGCGACCUGCGAGCCUUCUGCCUGCAGGCCUUGUGGAGGUUUACUGACGUGGUGAGCAGCAUUCUUGUCUCUGGGAUGGUGUCAGCAGAAGUUGUAACAACCAAAGCUGCUGACACCUUUGUUCCCGCUCGCUGUGCGGUUCUGUGUGCGCCGUAUUUGGGCCAUCACAUUCACUUGGUGUUUUAGUUUGUGGCGUAGUUAGAAUAACGAAACAGACACGUGAGUUUUUGCUGCAUAAAUUACACAGACAAUUUUAGUGCUUAUAUUGUGUAGUUUUUUUUAAACCUAAUAUUUCCCCUAUAACCCAGUCAUUAUGGAUGUUGGUUAUAUCACUUUGUAUAAUGCAGUGCACUGAAAAAUACACGAUUAUUCUGUGCUAUUUGAAUCAAAUGAUUCUUUUUGUCUGUAAAUAGUUACUACCCUGUUAAC